AAGAUACGUUGGGUUAGGUAGGAAGUGUAUCUGGAUCGUAACGAAAGAAAGUGAAAUGUGUUAAAUUCCACGAGGAUUAAGUGCAGAAAAGUAAUUGGUGUCGUUCUUAAGCGUCAGUGUCUUUAGCCUCAGGCUCCAGUUGCUACCCAUAAAAGAUAACUAGCAAUUACGAAUUGGAGAAAUCUAUGCUAAUGCAGUAACGCCCAUUUAAUGGAGUCUAGUCGGGAGCUGUUACGCUAAUAGUAGUCCAGUGACUUCGGUAGCACAGAAUGAUAUAUUUUAUUAUGCCUCUGAGGCAUCUAAAUCUCAUCUUAGAAUCUUUUACGAAACAUCGACUCUUCCAUUUUUCGUCUACUUCUUCUUCCUCUAUACCUGUUCCCACCUUCGUCUAUUCGUCACGCCACCACCUGCGACCGAACGAUAUUCGAAAAGUUCAGACGUGAAACAAAAAAAAAGAUGUGAAAGAGAAUACAGUAAAAAAGAUGACUAUUCGGAACCUCGCUAUUCUCUCUACUAACCGUGCUCAUCCGGACAUCCUCGAUUACGAGGUCAACUCGUUCCUUGACCGUAAAAGAGCGAGGCUGCCAUCAAAGUUCUUUAUUUCUCUGCAAAUACCAUCAUCACAUUUUUCUCACGAUUCCGAAAGUUCUACCGUAAUCCGCUUCAAUCCCACGACAAGUAAAAGUCGAGUUGGUUCGAAAUAAUGGUCGCCGUGGGAAUUCCUUAAGUAUAUCCAGUUAUGGCUAUAUACCUAUCGCGAGUUUAAUGGAAUAUAAGUUAAACGUAGCAAAAGAAACAAACCAAGAGGUUCCCACGAACGCGGGGGGCGUUACGUGCCCACCGAUGGAUCAGAAGGACGGACGGAUGGAUGGACAUAAGAGAAGAGAGCAGGUAGCGGAAGUCAUCUGGAUGAGAAGAACGCUCUCAUACAUCUGCGUUCACUAUCUUUCAUACCUGGAUACCUCACGUUAUCAGACGCUUAAAUGUAUAACAGUUAACCAAACACGUUUUCAGAUAAGCGUACGACAUCUGCUUUUUACUUUUAACACGUUCUACCGCCACACGAAUACCUACGGAACUUUCGUACUCAACGUUUUUCAGCUUCUAUCUGGCAUUUGAUUUUUUUAUUAAGCAAAUUCAAAAUUUUUGAAAUGAUUUUGCAGUAUAGGUAUAUUUAUAUAUUAUUAUUAUUAUUACCUGGUAUGGCAGGUCUAUUGAGCUUUUUUUAUAUGGAAUAAGGUAAAGGCCGACUUACGUCUUUUUUCAUUGCUUCAAGAAUGAGUCCCUUGAGCUCGUCCAGACAUUGAUUUAUUCUCGCGCGCCUUCGUUUUUCCAUUAUUGGCUUGUUGCUCUGUAAUGAUAAUUGAGGUCUGUUAGAUUUUCAAUAGUGUUAUGGUCCUUAAGGGAAUUCCUGAGCUAGAUACUCUUGAAUCAAAGAUUUUUUGCGUUAUUAACUAAGUUUCAACAAGGUCGGCAACACACGUGCUUUCUCGUAUCUAGGUACACGUGGUUUCUACGAUACGAUCGCGUUCCAGAUUGUAGGUCAGUGGAAUUUAAUGUCUCGCCUUGAUUUCCUGAGAUACUUAUUGAUACCGUGAUAAUUGAGGUAUUUUGCAAUAUUAAUAAUUUUCCUAAAAUUUUCACUAUUAUACUGAAAUCGUCCUUGCAGUACACAGUGCUUAUCGUAACUUAAUGCUAAACAGUGGGAGUAUCAUUUUCAUUUGUAAUUAAAAUAAAUAAUGAUAACAAAUAAUACCCUUC